AUGUUACAGAGGCAGCUAUUUGCCCGCUCCGAGCGGGUAAAGGGGAUUGAUUUCCACCCUACUGAGCCAUGGAUCUUGACAACCUUGUACAGUGGUCAUGUCUACAUCUGGUCUUACGAAACACAGUCAAUUAUCAAAACAUUCGAACUCACCGAUGUCCCCGUUCGUGCCGGUCGAUUCAUUGCGCGGAAGAACUGGAUUGUCUGCGGCUCAGACGACUUCCAGCUCCGUGUGUACAAUUAUAACACCUCCGAGAAAAUCACCUCCUUCGAAGCACACCCGGAUUACAUCCGUUCCAUUGCUGUUCACCCCACCCAGCCGUUCGUGCUCACAGCCUCCGAUGACAUGACAAUCAAGCUUUGGGAUUGGGAGAAGGGCUGGAAGUGUGUGCAGAUCUUCGAAGGUCACAGCCACUAUGUGAUGGGCAUGGCCAUCAACCCUAAGGAUACCAACACUUUCGCUUCCGCAUGUUUGGAUCGGACUGUUAAGAUCUGGAAUCUCGGCUCCCCCCACGCCAACUUUACUCUCGAGGCACACGAAACGAAGGGUGUCAACCACGUCGAUUACUACCCCCAGGCUGAUAAGCCAUACCUCCUCACCACCUCCGACGACAAGACCGUCAAGGUCUGGGAUUACACCACGAAGGCUCUCAUUGCAACCCUCGAGGGACACACAAGCAAUGUCUCUUUUGCAUGCUACCACCCCGAAUUGCCCGUCAUCAUCUCAGGUUCUGAAGACGGUACCAUCAAGAUUUGGCAUGCCAACACCUACCGCCUGGAACAAUCAUUAAGCUAUGGUCUGGAGCGAGCAUGGUGUGUUUCAUACCAGCGGGGCCGGCAAGGCAUUGCCAUGGGUUUCGACGACGGUGCCGUGGUGGUGAAGAUGGGUCGGGAAGAGCCCGCUGUUUCCAUGGAUGGUUCUGGUAAACUCAUCUGGGCCCGACACAGCGAGGUUGUGUCUUCGGUGAUUAAGGGUGGUGAAGCUAGCAUCAAGGACGGCGAGCCUCUGAUGCUCCCAACGAAAGACCUCGGACAGUGCGAAGUGUACCCACAGACCCUUACGCACUCCCCCAACGGUCGAUUCGUCUCCGUUUGUGGUGAUGGAGAGUACAUCAUCUACACCGCAUUGGCGUGGAGAAACAAGGCUUUCGGACAAGCUCUCGACUUUGCCUGGGGUUCGAAGGAUAACAGCAACGACUAUGCUAUUCGCGAAUCAUCGACAAGUGUUAAGAUUUUCAAGAACUUCAAGGAGCAAAGUGCCGGUCUUGAUGUGGGCUUCCAGGCCGAGGGCCUGAGCGAUGGUGUUCUGCUUGGUGUCAAGGGACAGGGUGGUAUUGGCUUCUUCGAUUGGGAAACCGGUAGCCUUGUUCGGAGAAUUGAAGCUGAGCCCAAAUCCGUCUACUGGUCUGAAUCCGGUGAAUUGGUCACACUCGCCUGUGAGGAUGAUUUCUACGUUCUGCGCUUCUCGCGCGAAGAGUACAUUAAUGGUUUGAAUGCCGGUGAGGCGGACGAGGAUGGAGUGGAGGCAGCCUUCGAGUUGGUUGCUACCGUCAACGAGACAGUCCGGACUGGUCAAUGGGUUGGAGAUUGCUUCAUCUAUUCCAGUGCCACCAACCGCUUGAACUACCUUGUCGGUGACCAGACCUACACAAUCUCCCACUUUGAUCAACCAAUGUACGUUCUCGGCUACCUGCCCCGGGAUGGCCGUAUCUACCUUGCCGACAAGGAUGUGAAUGCGGUUUCCUUCGGCCUGUCUCUCAGCAUGGUCGAGUACCAAACCGUGGUCCUGCGUGGCGAUAUGGAUAUGGCAUCUGAGCUGCUCAAGGAUGUCCCUCAAGACCAGAUGAACAAGGUCGCCCGAUUCCUCGAGGGACAAGGAUAUAAGGAGAUGGCUCUGGAAGUCGCCACUGACCCCGAGCAUCGCUUUGAGCUGGCACUCGCGCUCAACGACCUCGAUACCGCACUCCUGAUCGCCCGCGAGGCUAACGUCGAGCACAAGUGGAAGAUCGUUGGUGACGCCGCCCUGGCCGGCUGGAACCUCACUCUUGCUCAAGAGUGCUUCACAAACGCCAAGGAUGUUGGCUCCUUACUUCUGCUGCACACUGCCAGCAGCAACCGUGAAGGUCUCAAGUCUCUAGCUGCUCAAGCGUCCGAGUCCGGGCUCCACAAUGUCGCCUUCUCCACCCUCUGGUCCCUGGGAGAUAUCGAUGGCUGCCUUGCCCUUCUCGUCCAGACCAACCGCAUCGCCGAAGCCGUUCUCUUUGCCCAAACCUACAAACCUUCGAGCGCACCCAAGCUUGUUGUUCAAUGGAAGGAAUCCCUCGAGCAAGCAAACAAGACCAAGGUUGCCCGCCUCAUCGGUGUGCCCCCCGGUGCUCCCGACGUCGCCUCUACGGACGAUGACCUAUUCCCUGAAUGGGAUGAAUACAUCCAACUAGAGAAGCAGGGCGUCGUCCCCGAGCCUCCCUCUUCCGAGUCCCUGAUCGAUGUCAACGCGGACGAGGAGCCGGCUAGCGCCACCAACGGUGAACCCGAACAAGAUGAGACCGAGGCGGCCCACGAAGCCGCAGUCGACGAGGCUGACGCGGCUGAAGCCGAGUAA